AUGGUUCUGGCAAAGUCCAAGAAGUCCGUGGGGUUGGGGAAUACCCUCAUGAACGACCGGUUCGGAAAGAACAAAAGCAACGAGCGGAAACGAGUCGGAGCCGUCAGCAGAGUUAAUCACGCCACCGGCGAAGAGUACCUCGUCAACGAUAAAGAGGAUGCGGCUUGGGUCAAGAUGCGCUCCGUCACCGAGCAGGGCGCCCUCGACGAGUUCCUCGCCACGGCCGAGCUCGCCGGCACCGACUUUACUGCCGAGAAGAUGAACAACGUUAAGAUCAUCCACACCGACCAGAAAAAUCAAUACCUCCUCUCGUUCAACGAGGAGCAGGCCGUUCUCGGCAAACACAAGAUGCACAAAGACCGCCUGACCGUCCCCCGAAGGCCCAAGUGGGAUGCCACCACGACCCCCAGGGAGCUGGACGUGAGAGAGCGAGAGUCGUUCCUAAACUGGAGGCGAGGACUCGCUGAGCUCCAAGAAAACAACGAUCUGUUGAUGACUCCUUUCGAGCGAAACCUGGAAGUCUGGCGCCAGAUGUGGCGAGUCAUCGAGCGAUCAGACCUCAUUGUGCAGAUUGUCGAUGCCAGAAACCCCCUCCUAUUCCGAUCAGAGGAUCUCGAGGACUAUGUCAAAGAGGUCAACCCAAAGAAGGAGAACUUGCUUCUCAUCAACAAGGCGGACAUGAUGACGUCCAUGCAACGAAAGGCAUGGGCCAAGCACCUGCGCAAAGCGGGCAUCUCCUACAAGUUCUUCUCAGCCCAACUGGCUAAGGAGUUGAUCGAGGCGCAGGAGCUGGAGAAUGAGUCGCAUGAGGAGCCCGAAGCUGGCCCUUCAUCAGCUGCGGGGCCAUCCAAGGAGCAGGCCGAGACAGAGGAGGCGAAGGAGGAGACUGAGGUCGCACAAGAAGGCGCACCUUUAACGCAAGAGGUGGAGGAUGACGAGGACACACAGAUCUUGACAGUCGAGGAGCUAGAAGCCAUCUUCCUCAAAUACGCGCCAAAAGACGCAGAUGCCGAUCACAAGCUCCAGGUGGGCUUGGUUGGAUACCCCAACGUCGGUAAAUCAUCCACCAUCAACGCCCUCAUCGGCGCCAAGAAGGUCUCCGUCUCCUCGACGCCCGGAAAGACCAAGCACUUCCAGACUAUCCACUUGAGUGAAAACGUUAUUCUCUGUGAUUGCCCCGGUCUCGUCUUCCCCAACUUCGCCACCACCAAGGGCGACCUCGUCUGCAACGGCAUCCUCCCCAUCGAUCAGCUCCGUGAGUUCACCGGCCCGGCUGGUCUCGUCGCGCAGCGAAUCCCCCAACCCUUCCUCGAGGCCAUUUAUGGUAUUCAUAUCCGCCUUCGCGCUAUCGAGGAGGGCGGCACCGGUGUCCCGACCGGCUCGGAGCUCCUCCGCGCCUAUGCUCGUGCCCGAGGCUUCCAAACCCAGGGUCUCGGCCAGCCCGACGAGUCUCGUGCCGCUCGUUAUAUUCUCAAGGACUACGUCGCUGGCAAGCUUCUCUGGGUUUCGCCGCCGCCAGGAUUCGAGGAAGCCGACAGUUUCAACGACGAACUCUACGACGAGCUUCACCUCCCCGAGAAGCAACGCGCUGCCUUCAACGCGGCUCUCGACAACCUGUCCAUCACUGCUACUGACGCCACCUCAGGUGAGGCUGCCUUCGACGAUGACAUAGUCUCCACCAUCGGCUCCAGCGCGGACAUGAUCUCCCUCCCCGCAGGCCCGAAGACCCAGAAGCUCGACAAGGGCUUCUUCGCCACCAAGGGCAGGCAGGACGCCAAAACCAUGCCCUUCAGCUACAAGUACACUGAGCAGGGUCGUAUCGCCACCAAGGGGCUCACCGGCCGCAAGGCCCGCACCGUGGUCGCCAUGGAGGCCGGCGUCGACCCCAAGGACGUUCGGCUAGCGUCCAGCAAGAAACACUUCAAGAUGAAGGACAAGGACGCCAAGAACAAGCGUCGGGCGGGGAGACUGGGCGGCGAUGACGACUAA